AUGCUGGUAGUUGAUAAGCUUUUGAUGUGUCCUUUUCUUAUCAAGCAAGACAUUUAUUACUCGACGAAGAUUCUAAUCAAAUCUCAGCCUGAUUUUGACUAUGCAGAUGAAAUAGACGUUGAUAUGGCAGUAAAUGAGCUCAUGACCCUGUCUUGUUAUUUUCUGAAAUUUGGGACCGGAUCAUAUAGUAGACCAAUAAGUUCUGACAUCCACUCAAUUGCUUGUAUCGAUGCCUUGACAGUAGCCAAACCAAAUAUUAAGAAGAUAAAUUUGGGAGAUAAUAAAAUAUUAGUUAUUGGUACCAAGUAUCUAACCCAGAAAAACGUUCUCAAGAAGCCAAGCCAAAACCUUGAACGAGUAAUUAGAUGCGAAGUCCUUAGAAAAAUAGUUGCUAGAAACAUAUUGGUCAACAGAGAUUUUAUGGGUUGCGAGAGGUCCAAGUCCUCAAACCCAGAAACUCUCUACAUCCACACACCAUUAUGGAGCAUUUUCCAAGCUUCUCUGUCAUUUUUUUUUGGGAAACGUUCUUCAGACUUACAAAUUAUGAAUGAAUCAAAGUCAUUUUCGUUUACUAAAAAUUAG